AUGACAGCCAUCAAGGACCACUUCAUAGACCUGGAACGUCAUCGCCGCCAGCUAGAAGACAAUGUCACAAAGCUACAGACAGCCCUACAGCACUGGCGGAUGAGCGAUGCAGAGUAUGAACAGCUCAAGGAUGAGGUCGAAGCGAUACCUGAACCUGCAAGUCGUGAUGAUCUGGAGAGGAUCAGGGAGGAAUUUGAUGGCGAGGUCGUAACGGACAAGGAGGUUGAGGAACUGUUUGGCAAGUCAAACGAGAAGCCACCGGCACAGAUCAUCAAUCUUCUCUCGAGGAGAAUCGACUACGUCUCGAAAAAUAUAGAAACAUUGGAGAAGCAGGUCGAGGCUGCGGAGGAGAAACUCGCGGCCGCAACCAUUGUCGUCAACCCUGACGUGCGGGAUGAAGAAGGCCUGCCGAUUACGGAUAUCAUUGAGCAGCUUGAUGAUGACGAUAAUGUUACAACGUACCGACUUCAACGGCCUGGAGAUCUGCAACCGCAGAUACAAGAAGCCCUUGCCAAGGCUGGGAUCAAGGAAUUACCCGAAGGAGGCGAAAAAACCGAGUCGAGAGAUGAGGAGAAUGCGCCUGUGGACGGGAAGUCGCAACCAGAAUCUGAGGUACUUCAUCAGUCGCCCCCGUCACCGGCCGUUAAAAAAGGCGUCUCCUUUACGGAAGACACGAAAGCGGGUCAUGACCCCGCCACAAGCGAGGAGCAGCCCAAAACGAGAACCGCGCAGCGCUUGGAGGAGAUUAUGGAACAGGCUCAACAGCAAGCAGCGCCUUUAGACAAUCCAGUGAUACCCCAGAACGAGUCGGCAGAAGACGCGGCGCUACGCCGGGAGAUGUUGAGAUAUGGCAUGGAGGAAAUUGCGCCGAUUGUCGCCGAGCUUGAAAUCGACGAGGAAGGGGAGUCGGACUUUGACGACGCAUACGAGGACGAGGACGACGACGACGAUUAUGAUGAAGAGGACGAGGAUGAACACGGGCGAUACAAGUACCGUGUUGUUGGAGACGAUUAUCGGGCCAGGAUGGAGGAGCUCCAGAAGAAGCUGGGUUUCAAGACGACCCGAGAGCUUGAAACUGGGGAUGAACUACAGCAUAAUGAGGAGGAGGAGAGAGCCGAGGGCAGAGUACCCGACGAGGGCAUCGCCCGGAUUGCAGUCCAACCACCGCCUCAAGCUCAAUCUGCUAUGAAAUCGGAGAACCAGGCUGCGGACGCCAAACCCGCCAAGAAGGAGGUCAGAUUCGCCAGCGCCCUGGAUGUCGCCGAGUCUGACUCGAUGAAUGACCCUCCCGCGACUGUUCCAGAACCCGAGCAGCCUUUUGUUGACCCUAUGAAGGCCAUGAUUGUGGAGCGGAGCCCAGCACCGCAGCCGGCCGCCCCAGUGUCAACUGAGCCCAAGAAGCUCUCUCGAUUCAAGAAAGCCAAGACCGCCCGCGGUACCAACGCACUGCCCAUCAGACAAGCCCCCAUCGCUCCCAAGGGCCCAGCGGAGGCACCAACAUGGUUUCUCGGCCAGGAAGAUGUGCGGACAGCCCCCACCGGACCGGAGGGUAAGACACUUGCUGGAACCGUCCUAGAGCGAGAUACUCCGGCCGAGGUGAGAGAGCCAGACGAGUUCGAUGCUGCAUUGCUGCACCAGGAGGCUGCGACCGAGUACCACCGCAUGCGGAAUCGCAUGAUUCUGAAAGACGGCGGCUUCAUGAAGGACAAGGAAGCGCCGAUCGAAUACCCAGAAGAGGAAGAGAGCGGGAAGCGUGUCAGCCGGUUCAAAGCCGCCAGACUGGCGAGGCAGUGAUUCCUUGCAGCAAAAUUGAUCUGGAAGGAAGACGAGGCCAUAUUCACGGC